AGCUGGGGGAACUUUGCCUGGAUUGCACUUUCCUGUUCUCUAGUCCGCCCCCGCCAGAGGGGCUCGGCUCCGGGAUUCAAGAUGGAGUCGUUGAGUAGAGCAGGGCAAGAGAUGAGUCUGGCGGCCUUGAAGCAGCACGACCCCUAUAUCACCAGCAUCGCAGACCUCACGGGCCAGGUCGCUCUGUACACUUUCUGCCCUAAGGCCAACCAGUGGGAGAAGACUGAUAUAGAAGGGACCCUAUUUGUAUAUCGAAGGUCAGCUUCACCUUACCAUGGUUUUACCAUUGUCAACCGACUGAACAUGCACAAUCUGGUUGAACCAGUGAAUAAAGAUUUGGAAUUUCAGCUCCAUGAACCAUUUCUCCUAUAUAGAAAUGCAAGCUUGUCAAUAUACAGCAUCUGGUUUUAUGACAAGAAUGAUUGUCACCGAAUAGCGAAACUCAUGGCUGAUGUAGUAGAAGAGGAGACACGUCGAUCCCAGCAGGCUGCUCGAGAGAAACAGAGUCCCAGCCAGGCCAAUGGCUGCAGCGACCAAAGGCCCAUCGACAUCCUGGAGAUGCUUAGCAGAGCCAAGGAUGAGUAUGAGAGGAAUCAGAUGGGCGGCUCAAAUAUCUCCAGCCCUGGGUUACAGCCAAGCACUCAGCUCUCCAAUCUGGGAAGCACCGAGACUCUAGAAGAGACACCCUCUGGGUUACAAGAUAAGUCUGCCCCGUCUGGUCACAAACAUCUGACAGUGGAAGAGUUGUUUGGAACCUCUUUGCCAAAGGAGCAACCAGCAGUUGUGGGUCUAGAGUCAGAAGAUGCGGAGAAGCUGCCCGGAGAUGCAUCGCAGAAAGAGCCCAGCUCAUUUCUCCCAUUUCCCUUUGAGCAGUCAGGGGGAGCACCUCAGUCCGAAAGCCUGGGUGUCCGUUCUGUCGCUCACCACACAGUCCAGCCUGAAGUCACUGCCCCAGUGCUCAUCACUCCUGCCUCCAUUGCACAGUCAGGUGAAAAGCAUGCCCCAAGCUACACAAUCCCCCUGAGCCCUGUCCUAAGUCCUACGCUGCCAGCCGAAGGUCCUGCCACACAGGUUCCCCACUUACCUCGGAAUAGCACCAUGAUGCAAGCAGUAAAGACCACACCUAGACAGAAGUCUCCACUCCUGAACCAGCCAGUCCCUGAGCUAAGCCACAGCAGUCUGAUUGCUAGCCAGAGCCCCUUCAGAGCCCCAGUGAGCCUGUCAAGUACAGCUGGCUCAUCCCUCCCAAGCGUUGAUCUGCUCCAAAAACUCAGGUUGACCCCACAGCAUGACCAAAUACAGGCACAGCCUCUUGGAAAAGGUGCAAUGGCACCCAACUUCUCUUCAGCAGCUGGCCAACUGGCCACCCCUGAGAGCUUCAUAGAGCCUCCCUCUAAGACAGCAACAGCAAGAGCAGCAAGCUCAGCUUCCCUGAGCAACAUGGUGCUUGCUCCAACUCUUCAGUCUAUGCAGCAAAACCAGGAUCCUGAAGUAUUUGCCCAGCCUAAGGUGUUACCCAGUGCCGUCCCGAUUGCAGGCCCUCCAUUGGUGACUGCAACAACCACAGCAGUAUCUUCUAUCCUGCUGUCCCCCAGUGUGUUCCAGCAAACAGUUCCCAGGUCCACAGACCUAGAGAGGAAGACAAGCUCUCCUUCUCCCCUCACUGUUGGAACACCUGAAAAUCAGAGGAAACCUUCCAUCAUUCUCAGCAAGUCUCAGCUCCAGGACACACUGAUACAUCUAAUAAAGAAUGACUCUAACUUCCUCAGUACACUUCAUGAAGUCUACUUGCAGGUUUUGACCAAGAACAAAGACAACCACAACCUAUGACUGGAAUAAAGUCGGUGUGAAGGUAGAGGGUGCACUUCAGAAUCAAGCAGGCUUCCUCCUGCACAUCUGAAUAGAACCUGGAGCUUUGGGAAGCCUGAGUUUGAGCCUUUGAGAGAGCCUUGUUCCUUAAAGAUGUUUUCUAGAGACAUUCUCAGUGAUGAUGGAGGUUUCACUGUGAAGCAUCACCAGCAGACCUUUGUUUGACAAAACAACAAAAAAGACCAUUGUGUUGAGUUCCGUGGGUGUGUGUGGAAUGAGGAGCCUGAUUGUCAGCUUGCUUUCCAGGCCUCGGGAGGAGCCACCAGCCUUGCAGCCACACUCAGUGGAGCCGGUGCCCUCCCUCCACUUCUGGCCCUACAAGCUCUGAACGAAUGUCAGCUCCACAAAGUACCUUCAAGUUUUAAGGAUCAGAGCUUAAGUUGAUUCUUUAGAAGGUAUCUGUUCUCAAGUGAAGUAUGUUUUCUAUGAGCACCCCGCUUGGGCCUUAAAACUUCUGGGAUUUCUUUGUGUUUCGUUCAGUGUCCCUGGUCCUGCCAUGUACAAACUCCAGUGAAGCAUGGCUGUUUGUUUGGGUAGGGCCCGGCUGGGCUCUGAUGGAGGAGGCUUGAAACCUUUGAAGCAGAGGCUGGGUUGCACGGAUCCAGAUCCUACCAGAAAGCUCCACUUCUAGUGAACUCUCCAGUGGUUUGGAAGUGUCAAGUUGGUGUGUGAAGCACAGCCUUAUUUUCCUUUUCUGUCUAAACAGUUGAAGUUAUUGUUGAUUGUUUUCCUUAACACUUUGACAAAAGGACCAGUGGACCAAUCUGACAAAGCCAUUCUGGUUCCAUUCCUCAAAUGUGCUGAGAGCAGUUUUAAAGCUAUGCAGAAAAGGGAGCUGUACUCACACUGCCCUUCCUUUGUUGUAGAAUAUGGAGUCAAAGAGCAAGUGUGAGACGCAGAACCUCACCAGUAUAUUCCUAGGCUGAGUUCUUCCAGCCUUGGUGUGAAACUGUAAAGACGCUUUGUGAUGCUGCUAUUGAUCUGCCAUGGUUUCUAUUUAUUCUUUUAUGGCAUGUAAUGGUGUUUAGUAAUAUUUUAAUGUAGAAUUUGAUGAUUUCAGCAAUAGUAAUUUUGAGAUAUUCUUUGAAUGAGAAGUGUCUUUGUUUCUAUGAUACAGGUCAUUUUGUAGUAUUUAACCAAUUAAGAUGCACUGCUUACUUUUCUGAGCACUAUUUAAUGAUGGGUAAGAACCCAGUUGGCUCAACCAGCUAGCAUAAGGAUUCGCUGUGAAUAAUGCUGACAGACGCGACAGUCCCACAGGAAUAGUCGCUUAAGCUUUAAUGGGAACUCAAUCAAAGGCUCAUCGAUUUCUUUCUAGCUGAAAUUUUAGAUAAUUACUUAUUAAUUACUUAUUUUAGUUUGGUCUUAGUUUUUUAGCCUAAAGAAUACUUGGGUUGGCUCAUGCUGAUCUCAACAUGCUUCCUGGACAAUGUUUCUGCUUCUCAGUUCAGUGUCUUCUCUUAUUGUCUACCUAGUUAUGUGUGAAGUGUGCAGAAUUCAGGGAAGCCUAGACGUUUCAUACUCAGCUAGGGGUAGUUUGUUUUCAUGAUAGUGUGUAAAUUUAGCAACCAAAAAUUAAUUGUUCAUGCACAUCUAAGGAAGAUAAAGUUGUAGUGAGAUAAUGUGUUGCUGACAGUAGGAGGUGGUGGUCAAGGAACCACAGGGCUGUUCUCAUAACAUGAACACUCCUGUAGGUUUGAUCAUACCGGGGUGUGGUCUCAGUGGAUAUCAGGAAACAGAGGAAUCAAAGCACUCUUCUUCCAGUAGCUAUUGAAUUUUGCUGAUGCUUCUGAGUGUGUGUAAUGUUAUGAGAGGGUGAAGAAUUGGUACCCUAAAGAACAUCUGCAGUCACAUCUGUUACUUUUUACCCUUAAUCCUAGGGAUGACUAUGACAGACAGUGAAGUAGAAUCUCCUAGAAGGCUUCCUCAGUGUAAACAUAAACUUCUAAGUGCCGAAGUGACGGAGACGUGAAAAGGGCAAACCUAUUUCAACUCCCAGAUUUAUAUAUCCCAAGCAUUUACUUAAAAUUCAGAAGCCAGAAGUUCUAGAUCAUGAUUACUAGGAAGUCCCCAGAGAGCCAGGCCAAGCCUGGACAGUUGCAGUUGGAUGAGCCUGGCCUCCAUUGCCUUAUUCCUCAUUCAGGCAUACGAUCGACACCCUCUGCUAGCAUGACUUGCAUGUUUACAGUGUCUUUGCUGGAACCUCAGCUGACCUGAAAGGGACACUGGAGAUGCUUCUUGCUAGGUUGACAGAGCCCAGGAGACUGCAUUUAGGCCACUCUGUCCAUCUGUGUAUACAUCCCAUCCCCUCACUCCUAUGGUCAAAGGGUCUGGGAUUAGCAGCCCAGCGUUUGGAAUACAGCGUGUCUGGGGUGUCACCAAUGAGUGACACUGCUCUUUUCAUUGUAGUUAAUGUUAUAUCUUCAAAUGGAUGCACACCCCAGCUGACCUCAUCCCCCUCCCCCCAACGGCCUUGUUCCCAGUAUGCCUCUCCUGGGCCCCAUGAGGUUUGCCACUUGAUCUACUUGACUUUGAGUUGUAAAUUUCAAGUGAGCAUCAGAAUCAGGAGAGACAUCCCCUGAAGUCUCCAUAUGUAUUGUCCACAGUUUGCCCUGGACAGUGGUGUUUCAUUCAAGGCCUUGGCCCAGGCUUGGGUUAGAUGCCAAUGACCAGAUUUUGCAUGUGCAAGCAUUGGUUCUAUUUGUGGCCUGAAUCUUCUUGUGGGAAUUAUAAACGCCAUUGAAUCCACUAGUAAGUAGUCUUUUGAAACCAUGCAGCUUUAUUGCUCCCUUCCCCCAAAGAAUGUUGUUUGAAGUUUUCUCAUUUCGGCAGUAGAGGCCAUAACUGCCAUUGUAAUACUAUCAAUGCAACAUGAAACUGAAGGUGCCUAACUGCUUACAAAGCAGAGUUAGCCAUCACACUUUAACCUGGAAGGAAGAGAAGGGCACAGACACAGCAGAACCCUGUGGAUGGCAAGGACUGAGGGGUCAUGGCCUGAGUCCUGUGUCUUUGGCACAUAUACUGUGGGCCAUGUGUUUCUUCUUGCCUGCCUUUGGUUUCCUUCAGGUGUGUUCAGAGUACCUUCUAGAACUAACAGUGCCCUGUUUUCAGGAACCCAAAGCCCUCGGGACUGAGUGGAACACCGUCCAGUGGACUUCAAAGGCCACACUUUUGAGAGGUUUCCACAAGCAGCCAGGGCAUCAAGGAGCCUGCUGGGGUUUAGGUUGGGAUUAUUUUGUUUUGGUGUUUUUCUUCAAGUUUCAGCAGGAGAGAUGUGCAAUGUUUCACAUGAUUCAGAUUUGGCAUCAUUCUUUAAAAUGCUGCAUUGCAAUAUCGAUCACUUUGAAGUGGGAAAAAUGCAAAGUUGUGUUUCCCUUUUAUCUGGAAUCCCUAAGAAGCGUGUUAGUGUUCGUACUGUGAGUGGUCUUUCCUCGUAUGGCUUUGGCCAUGUGGCUGUCAUAACUUUCACUGUAUCAGGUUCUCGGCUCCUUCGUGGAAAUGAGAAGCCCUGCGCCACCAUGACCUUUUGUUCCAUGAGCGCAAUGCCACCUCAUUAACCUUUUUAGUGGAUUUUAUACCAUCUGUGUAUGUUUGCAAAUAUUAAGUUAUUACAUGUUUUAAAAUGAGCAUUUUUCAUCCUAAAUUUUAUAUGUUUGCAAAUAUAUUUUUUUAAUAAAAUUUCAAAACCAAG